AUGUGCCUGGACAUGACUUGCGGGUCUCCCGGCAUACCGAGCCCGCUGCCCCCCCGUAGCCCCACCGCCCUGCCCCUGUGGUCGCCUCUGCUCGCCCUGCAGGCGUGCCGCCUCCGCAGGUACCUAAGCGACGACUGCAUGACCUACCAGAGCCGUCACCUGCUCCACACCGAGAGGCGCCGCUGCGGCGUGUGCCUAGCCUCAUUCCCAUCAUCCUGGCUGCUCGAGCGCCACGCCGCCCUCCAGCACGCGUCCCAAACGUCCUGCGACGACAAACCCUUCGUGUGCGAGCAGUGCGGCCAGAGCUACCGCUACAGGUCCGCCUACGUGAAGCACAGGGAGCAGAACCACAGGGCGCGGCUGCCCGCCGACAAGCUGUUCACGUGCGACGUCUGCGGCAUGCAGUUCCGCUACCUCAAGUCGUUCAAGAAGCACCGCCUCAACCACACCCUGGAGCGGCUCCACACGAAGAACACGGACCCCGUCGAGGGCACGGACCAGGUAUCCAGCACCAACGAGGUGUUCGGCCAGUGCGGGGAAAUGGACCUGUCCAUAAAGAAGCGGGCCCGGCCCGAGAACAGGACCCCGCCGAUCGAGGUGAUCGGUGACGCCGAACAGGACAGCACGGUCGACUCCAACGGGCCGACGGAGUCGAUCGUCACGGUCGACGAUUCCACCGACUGCAGGAACUCGAGCGCCGAGAGCGAGAACAGGAGGGACGCCGACGCGCCAGCGGCCGAUAGACGCCGCGUUCCCGUCUCCUUCGCCAGCAUCAGCUCGAUGGCGGACAGCUCGGAGAGCGAGUCGCGCGCUGACAACAAACUGGAGAGCUCCGGAUCCCACUCCGGCAUACUUGGGUUCCUGCAGGGCGACGACCGCCAGAGGGACAGGGAGAGGCGGUUCGCCUGCCCCUUCUGCGGUAAGUGCGUGAGGUCCAAGGAGAACCUUAAGCUGCACGUGCGAAAGCACACGGGCGAGCGGCCGUUCGUGUGUUUGUUCUGCGGUAGGGCGUUUGGCGGGAAGAGCGACCUGACGCGUCACCUGCGCAUCCACACCGGUGAGAGGCCCUACCACUGCGAAGCCUGCGGCAAAUGCUUCGCCAGGGCCGACUACCUGUCGAAGCACCUCACCACCCACGUGCACAACGCCCGU